CGCACCUCUACCGAGAUUCCCUCCUUCUCCUUCCAACUGGUCAUAUUUCAAUUUGCUCCUCAUCACAUCUCACUGCUCAUGUCCUCACAUUCUGCAGCGUUUCAUUGCUUCUAAUCUGGUUGUUUUGCAUCAUCGUAUCCAUUCAUUUCAACUUUCCACACACGAGCCGAGGUCAGCCUUUUUGCCCGAACCAAUUUGACAACACAUACGAUCACGCGCCUUGUCAGCCACGACGGUCUUGAGACCCUGCUAUCUCUGCGUUGGAUUUGUCCAUGCCUACUUUCCCAACCUGACUAUUCUAUCGCAGCCAUUUUCUACCUCGGCGCAAUCGAUUUUGGAAUCGGGCGGGCUCGAUUUCAUCUCCCAUUGAGAUCCCAUCUCGCUCAUGGCUCCAGAUUCCCCAACUCAUGCAUUCGACCCAACUCCUGCUCUCGAAAAAGACUUGGAUAACUUCUCUCCUCUAAACCAGCGAGCAGCGACUCCCUCUCUUCCUGACGAUGCCGGUGGCGAUGGAACCUCUAAGACCGUUCGCUUCUCGCACCCUUCCUCCAUGCCUAGCCAAGGCCGGCACUCGAUUGCGACGACAACCGUUCCGCUACUAACGCAAGUCCCUUCGGCGAGUGCAGUUCCCAAACACCUCUUCACAAUUCAAAACCCGAAGCCAGGGGUGGACAUCACCUUGUACAUGGAUCAGUGUAGGAGAUGGAAUACUCAACUAAGAGAGGCACACGACAGCGAGCGCAAGGCCUGGGAAAUAGAACGAACCGCACUCAAGGCACGCAUUACAGAGUUGGAAAUGAGUGUAAAAAGGGCCAGAGAUCCAAAGCGGCGGUCUAGUAACGACUCUUAUGGGACAGGCCAACAGUCACUGAGAUCACAGUUUCCAACCUUCAAUGCUCCUUCAAAUGGCACCAAUAAGGGGUCCAUUUUGGCUGAAUCCGGAAACCUGACAUCCCUGCCCGUGUGGAAAGGGCCCGAGUUUACACCUCCAGUGACCAGGGUGUUCUCGAACGAUGAUGACCUGGAUAUCAAUCAUCUUCCAAGCAUUUCGGAAAACGAACCAAUGGAUCCACUGGCCAAGGAAGUCUCUCCAGUAGAGAGCGUGCCGGUCCCCAUUGAGCAACUAGACAGUUCUCUCGACGGCAUCACGCUCAAGUCGUCUGCUCUGACCUCAUCCUUCAACAAAGUAACCAGCCCUUUAAUCCAUUCGCCUCUCCAGUCGCCCUCGGCUCGACCCAGCGCUACAGCGGCUGGACUUUUGCAGGUUGACUUCAAGGGCCUUUUAUCUCCCUUGGACGAGAAAUUGAAGCGACACGCUGGUCACACGCCAAUGGCAUUUAAUGGGACCAUUUCGACAAGUUCGGCCAGCUCGGAGAGGGUGACACCCAGACAGGAAAAGCCCGCAGCUCCUGUACCUACGAGAAGACCGCCACUUCGGCCGUCUGAGAAUUCCGACUCAUAUUUUUCCUUUACCUCGGAAGCCGUAGAUCACAACAACGGCGCUCCACCAACCAUUCCCGAAGAGUCGGAAGAAACAGACCUGCAAAACGACGACGUACAUGACACAGACGAUGACCCCGCCCUUACCGGUCCGCUCAUGCUUGAUGCUGCAGCCAGAUCUGAAGCGUCCAAUACAUUUCUUGAGAUUGUGGAUGCCAAGUUGUCCGUGGCUGCAGCGCGACGCUCUAGAAAAGAUUCGUUACUAUCAGAUACAAGUCCCGAGUCAUCGUCCAAUGCAAAACAACCUGAAGAGCCAGCGGAGGGGAAUGAUGAAGAGGCGCCAAUGCUGAAGAUCAAGAACAGUAUGAACUUUGGGAGCGCGUGGGGGGGUGAUAUGCCAGGCCGAAUUUGAGGUCGAAGAUUCUCCUUCGAGCGUGCUUGGCAACACGAAAAGCGUUCUGGGUGAUAGGAGGAAUUAUUGUACAGGAGUUUCCUUUGACACAGAGCGACGGAGCCGAGGAGCGAAGGGUGAAAAGUUUGCAAGUUGGCCAUCCUGGGAGAAUCCAGGUGAUGGAUGGGUGAAAUACCACAGAGGUAGUGGGUCUGGGAACCGGCUUUUGAGAGGAGCCGGGGGUCAAUCCAGUGUCAGUUGUGCCAUGGCAUGAUUAUGGUCAAUAUGUCAGCCUUCUUGUCACUGCGAACCUGCAUGGGGGAUUUAGUCGAGUGAUGGAAAAAUAGAAAGACCCAAAGGGCUUGAAGAGAUUAUGUCAGGCUGGAUUUCCCAUUAGAGAUUGACGAAGCCCUUUGAAAUGGA